UCAGGUCGAUCACCUCAGGCACCAAGUUCCUCAAAGCAGCCUUUCGAGUAACUGGAUAAGCAUGUCAGGAGUGCACAUCCUAUUGCAGAGACUCUUGGUGUGGGCGGCUUUCCUCUUACUAGAAGGUUCCAAGUCCCGUUCAGAAGAGUUUGAGCCGCAAAUCAUUGGUCAUCCCUCUGAUCUUGUGGUUGGUCUGAACCAGCCUGCUACGCUGAACUGUCGUGCCACUGGAAACCCACCUCCCACAAUAGAGUGGUAUCGCAAUGGAGAACGCGUGGAAACAACCAAAGAUGAUGCUACAGCCCAGCCUACCCUCCUGCCCGAUGGGUCCCUCUUCUUCCUCCAACUCAGCCAGAAGAAGGGCAAAUCAGAUGAGGGUGUGUACAACUGUGUGGCCAGAAACCACUUGGGCACCGUCAUGAGCAAGAACGCCUCACUCUAUGUGGCAGCUCUGCAAGAAGAUAUUCGGCUUCAUCCCAGGGAUUCGGUAGUGACCAGCGGAGAACAAUUGUUGCUGGAAUGCAUUCCCCCUAAGGGACAUCCGGAGCCUAAAGUCUCAUGGAAGAAGAAUGGAAUCCCCAUAAAUGAGGAAACUGGACAUUAUGAGGUCUCUGGUGCAAAGCUUCUCGUAGCCCAUGCUCUGAAAAGUGAUUCGGGAGCAUAUGUUUGUUUGGCUACUAAUCCAGUUGGAGAGAGAGAGAGCAAAGCAGCUUUGGUGUCUGUCUUGGAAAAGCCAGUGUUUACUCGGAGACCUAGUGACAUUAUGACCAAACUUGGAAGCACUGUCCAGUUCACAUGUGGAGUCCAUGGAGACCCAGUGCCCACUGUCCAGUGGCACAAGGAACAUGGAGAGCUUCCCUCAGGAAGGUAUGACAUAAGCCAAGAAAACACCCUUCAGAUCCACCAUCUGACCUUGUCUGAUGCUGGGAAAUACAUCUGUACUGCCCACAAUCAGGUGGGGAAUAUUUCUGCCAAGGCAUCUUUAACAGUGCAAAUUCUCCUGGACACUGGCCAAGGGGAGCAUGACUGGCCAGAAAGUGCCUUGAAGGAGCUGAUGGACAUCAGGGUUUAUCUGGCAAAUGUCACUGCUGUUUCCUCUGCCCCUGCAGCCCACCUGCACUGGAAGGUCAUCCCUACUGCCCAGCAUGUAGAAGGUUACAUGGUCCUCUACCGCACACUGCUUCCUGUGAGCGCACAUUGGGCUGAGUGGAAAGUCCCAAGAGACCACCGGGCUAUUGUUCCAGCUCUUGAGAGAGGCUACAAGUAUGAAUUCAAAGUGCGACCAUAUUCAGGGAAGUUCCAUGGCUCAGAAAGCAAUACGAGACAUCUCUGGAUCCCGGAAGAAGCUCCCAGUGCUGCUCCUCAGAGCAUCAGCAUUACUGUGUCACAAGGUGGGAAUUACACUGUGAUAGUCUUUUGGGAACCUCCGCCACAUGAUGCACACAAUGGUAUUAUUAAGGGUUACCAGGUCUGGUUCCUGGGCAACGAGACACACGGAGGCUCUAAUAGGACAGUAGAUGGAGGCACGUAUAGUCUAGAAGCUACAGGGCUGGGCUACAGGCUAAAGUAUUGUGUCCGGGUAGCAGCCAUAAAUGGAGCAGGAGUCGGAGUGGUCAGUAACCCAGUAUGCAGUGCCCUAGAGCCUACAGUGGGGAAAAUGGCAACCAUUCCUGACUUCAUGUCUGCCAGCUACAUCCUGGAAGUGAUGCGCCAACCUGUCUUCAUUGCCAGUGUGGGGUCUGCUCUCUGGAUCAUGCUGAUGGUGCUGGCGGUUUACGUUUGCCAGCAACAAGCCCGGCUGCACAGCAAGAGACGGCAAUAUGGUCUCAGUGAAGGUUUGUACAGGAACGCAAGUGCCGACACCAUCAUCAAACACAGGGUAGACGCAAGUGAUUCCCCCUGGCUUUCCAACACAUGGAAGUCCACCUCCGGUUCCAAGAAUUACAGCACCAGCAGCAGUCUGAGCAGCCAGCUCCUGUGGAUGGAGCCCAAAGACAACCAGGACUUCCACAAAUCGACCAUGUCCUUUGACAGGCAGAGCCAAGGAUCCCACAUCCAGGCUGUUCCACUGGUGCCUGAGAGCAGCAGCAGCAGCAGCUCAUAUGGAGCCCUCUAUGUGGACCUUCCUGCAAAGGACCUGAAAAGCUUCUGCAGUGCUCCUCUGCCACACCUUUCCAGUCCCAGCCUGCCAGGCAUGGAACUGGCACGACCAGGUGACCAGAGGCUGAUCCCUCGCUGUGGCCAGAAUCUGAGAAUGGAUAAUGCCAAAAUCCGGGGAGCAUUACGACAAGGGAAGGCGGCCAGUCCCUCGUCCCCAAACCUUAUCCUCCAGGCAUCCUGGGAGAAAAACAGCAAGAAAGAGCUGCAACAAGCUCAUAGCACACCUACAACUCCAUCCGGCUUUUCGGCAGACUGGAGCAAUCACAGCAGACGGAUCAGUGGCAUCAGUUCUGGAAAACACCACAGGAUCCCUGGGGAAACAAAAAAGGUGCUGAAAUCAUACAGCUCCCCAAAGUUCUCGCAGGGCAGUGCCUCGCAUAAUAUUGCUGAUCUGUUGCCUCCACCUCCUCCGGUCCCUCCAGGCUUUCAAGUUUCCCAAGAUGACAGCACCCAGCAAGCGUGUACCUGCACUUGCUAUCUGCGGUCUCCUGAGGCCUUGGUGCCCCAGCAACAGGGCGAGGAUUCCCUGCAGACAGCCAAGGAGUCCCCAAGAGAAAUCCAAGCCUUCCCCACUCUGCCAUACAACCGCCUUUCUGCAGUCUCGAUCUCUGCAUCCCUCAAUGAUGACAGAGAGACAGUGCUUACCCCGGACGAAGUGGCUGAAUACCUGGAGCUCAGUGAGGAGGCUGAAUGUCCAAGGCAGCAGACCAACAACUCCUCCACGCCCCCUCGGGCUUUCUCUGCACCACAUACCUAUGGAUACAUCCGCAGCCCACUGGCCUCAGAACUGCUGGAAACAGAAGGUGUGGAUGAGGAUGAAGACCCCGCCCUGCAGGAGGGGGGCUGCCGUCCCUCAAAGUUCUUCCGUGGCUUCUGCAGGACUCCCUCCUCUAGCCUGAGCGAGGAUGAAACUUCCCUGGGGGGCUCCCUGCUCAACGGGUGGGGCUCUGUCUCAGAGGACAAUGACACCAGUACCCGCUGCAGCCUGGUCAGCUCCUCCGACGGCUCCUUCCUCCUGGAUGCUAAUUUUGCUCAGGCUCUGGCCCUGGCGGUAGACAGUUUCUGCUUUGGGCUGGCUCAGAGGGAGACUGACAAAGCACUGACAGACUUCUUCCCCUCCGGUUCUCCUCCCAAUGGAAUUGUGCAUCCACAUGCUGCCAUGGGGAACCUUAAGGAUGCUCAGCUGAAUCCUAGAUCGCAGCCCCUUCCUGUGUGGGAGUGGAGCACAGACUGGGUAAAUGAGAUGGAAGUCAAGCUCACACAGCCGGCUGAGAACUGGAGCGCCAUCCCACAGUUCGGAGAAGGAAAGACAGAGCCAGGAGAGACACGGAAACUCACUUCUCCCUUGGGCAAGGGUGCCUGCAUGUCUGACUCGAUCAGCAACCGAGACGGAGCCAUUAGUGUUAGCCAGGCCUCUCUCCCUAGCACCCAGAACGCAGGGUCAGGAGACUUUGCCGUUCCCAAAAGAAGCAAGGAAGCUGUGAUGGGAAAGCCCGCCAUUCAGAAACAAGGGCUGGAAAGUAGUCCUUGAGAAGCUGGCAUCGUACAGGAAUGGAAACCUAGAGUCUACCAAGCAGAUGCCUCCCAUAUGCCUUCACCAACCAGACUCUCUUGGGAUCUGAAUGCUGUGGUAUGAGCCAGCUGGCCAGGAUAGCUCUCUGAAUCUAGGCCUCAAUCAACACACCUCAGUUGACUGUACUGUAUUCUCGGGAAUGAUUUCCACUGAUGUUCCUUCGACCACUGAGGGAGAAAGUCUAUGAUUCCUCCAGCUGUUGUUGUCCACUGAUGUUCUGCCAUAUUUGAUUAGGAUACGGCUUACUUGAGUCACCUCCUUGCUAGGAGCAAUGGAUGUGCUUUCUGGCUGUGUGAGGGCUAUUGCCCCAACAUGUGCCAAUUCUUAGCUUUCUGGCUGCUUCAGACUGUUGCUUAUUUUGUGAUUCCAGACUGCCAUGUCCUGCUUUUUCUCCUCUGUCACCUAGCAUCUCUUGUCAGAGCAAUCUAGGCUUAUCAUGUUUUGAGCCCACCACUGUAGCUGCCCCCUGAGCUGCAGUUUCUAGCUGUCUAGUACAUUUUAAUCCGACCUUUCUACCAAGAAUGUUAGGGCAGUGCACAGAGCUCUUCCUUCCCCAUUGUAUCCUCACAACAGCUUUGAGAGGUAGGUUAGGCUGAGAGAGGAUAACUGGUCCGUGGUCACCCAGUGAGUUUCAUGGUUAAGCUGGGAUUUGAACCCAAUUCUUCCAGAUCCUGUUUUGAUAUUCUAACCAGUACAGCAUGUAGUUGGCAGGUGAGCCGGUUUUGUUCUUUGUUGCCAUUCACCUGCUGAUUUCUGCAGAUCAAAUCUCUAGCAGAAGGAGGCCAGAACAUUUGGGGGGGGGGGCGUGUUUGGAGGUGGAGAUAAGUGCAGGGAAGAUGAAGGAAAGUUCCUUGGGCAUUUUGCUGUUGGCUUCCUUCCCAAGAUAGAUCUGUGCCGCCAUCUGGCUUGGCUCCUUACCAGGGCAUUUCUAAGGGGGGGUGGGGGAAAUGUCCCACUGUUUCUGAUCUCCUGCUUACAAUUAUGGCACACGAUUGUGCAUUUGGGAGGCCACUUGUGGUUGAGGCUGAAUUCUCCUUGCUGCUGUUUCCAGCCAGCUUGGGAUGAUUUUAUUAUUAUUAUUAUUAAAAAAUAGAAUCCACUAAGCAGGAAAAGGAAAUAAUUCUUGCAAAAAGGUUUGGACAAGACUUUUGCUGUUUUGGUUUUUUCAUAUUCAUGCCGUCCACAAAACUGCAAAUGCUUCUGUCCUUUGGAAUGUCUGUCCUACUAAUCACACCUGAUAUGGCUCUCCUACUAACAGGUUUGUGGCCUUAUUUUGUAAAUAAACUGAUUUCCCCCCCAAAA